AUGAAUAGCGACAUCACAGAGAAACAGACCUCACCGUCGGAGAUCGAGGCGCAGCCCACCUCCAAGGGCGGACCUGCUUACGAUGUCGACGAGAAGGUCGACUACGACAGAGCUGGCGCCAUCGAUGCCGAGGAGGUCGAACAUGGUAUGACUGUGCUCCAGGCUGUCAAGGCCUAUCCCGCUGCCAGCUGGUGGGCAUUCGUGAUGUCAUUCACCAUUAUCAUGGAGUCAUACUGUGUUUUCUUAAUGGGACAGUUCGUAGCCACACAUCAAUUCGCGAAGGAUUUUGGUGUAUACAGCGAAAAAAACGGGUGGCUUAUCGAAGCUUCAUGGCAGUCAGCAUUCCAGUGUAGCGGGCCAAUCGGUGCCUUUAUCGGUGUAUUCAUCGCAGGUCCCAUUACCAGUUGGAUUGGAUAUCGAUGGGCAACCAUUGGCGGUCUCAUGUGCUUGAACGGCUUCAUCUUCAUCUUCUAUUUCGGCAACAGCAAUGGGAUGUUUUUCGCGUCCCAGAUCCUGGAAGGCAUCCCGUGGGGCAUUUUUAUCGCCAAUGCACCCGCCUACUGUGCCGAAAUUGUGCCAAUGAGAUUGAGAGCUCCAGCGACGCAGAUGUUGCAGAUGUUCUGGGCGAUUGGGUCGAUCAUAGUCGGCGGUAUCACUUACCACUACCAAUCCAAGAACGACUCGUCAGCGUACAGAGUUCCCAUUGCCCUCCAGUGGAUGUUUCCUACUCCCCUCGCUAUCCUACUCUUCUUUGCGCCUGAAUCGCCCUGGUGGCUCGUACGAAAGGGCCGUCUGGCUGAGGCGGAGAAGGCUGUCAAACGCCUUGGACGCGCGAGUGCAAAUGAUAAUCCCGCUGACGCAGUCGCAAUGAUGCGUCGCACGAUCGAACUCGAGAAGACUGAGAAGCAGCCCAGUCUCAUUGAACUGUGGAAAGGUACCGAUCGCUACCGCACAUUGAUUGUGUGCGGUGUGUACGCAUCUCAGAAUCUGACGGGCAAUCUGAUUGCUAACCAAGCGGUUUACUUUUUCAAACAGGCCGGCAUGGCGGAACAGACCGCAUUCGCACUUGGUCUCAUCACUUCUGCCCUCCAGUGGAUCAUGGUUAUGCUAUCUUGGGUCCUCACCACAUACCUCGGCCGACGCACCAUCUAUGUCUAUGGUCAAUUCAUCAACUGUGCAUUCUUGAUCUUCCUCGGUAUUGCGGCUUCAUGUAACGAUAGUAACGCGACUCGCAAUGCGCAAGCAUCACUUGGCUUGAUCGUCUCCGUCCUGUUCUGCUUGGGACCCGCCCCUGCUUCAUGGGUCAUCAUCGGCGAGACAUCUUCCGUUCGUCUCAGGCCACUGACAACCGGUAUUGGACGAGGUGCCUACUACUUGGUCAAUAUUCCUUGCAUCUUCCUUGCCAGCUACAUGCUCAACUCUGAGAAGUGGAACCUGGGCGGGAGGAGCGGCUACGUCUGGGCUGGUACCGCCUUUGUCUGCACCGUCAUGGCUUGGAUGUGGAUUCCAGAGAUGAAGCACAGGUCCUUCCGUGAGAUCGACAUUCUGUUCCGGCGCCGUGUCCCGGCUCGCAAGUGGAAGCAGACGGUCGUCGAUAUCCGCGAUGAUGAGUAG